AUGGUGGAGAAAAUCUCCUUCCGCCCCAGAAGCCAGCCAGAGAUUGCUUCCCGGGGAGUCUCAGUGGACAGCAAACGUGGGAUGGGGCCAGUCCGCGCGCUGCAGGUACGAGCUCAUGGCAUCCUGAAGCAACAUGCGUGGAGAGGCUGGGACCAGCUCCGGCAUCGGGUUCAGGCCAGUGGUCUUGCUGCACAGGAGCAGCAAAGACAUUUUUGUGAGAGCGAUGGUGCCGUUGGGGACGCUGAUGAAGUUAUUGCUGUUUCAGAGAAAGUUACUGUGAAGCUUGAGGACUUGGCAAAAUGGGCGCAGUCCGAUUUCUCCAAGUGGAAGUGUGGUUUCCGGGCUGAGCCGGUCAAGCCGAUGGACGUGGGGAAGAAUGGGCAGAAGGAGGCCUUGACGAGAUACAGACAAUCCACGCUCAACAGCGGCUUGAACUUCAAAGACAUCCUGAAGGAAAAGGCUGACCUUGGUGAGGAUGAUGAAGAUUCAAACCUGCUAAUUCUCAGCUACCCACAGUACUGUCGAUAUCGUUCCAUGUUAAAGCGCAUUCAGGACAAGCCUUCUUCAAUACUAACAGACCAGUUUGUUUUAGCCCUGGGAGGCAUUGCAGUAACAAGCAAGAACCCCCAAAUCUUCUACUGUCGGGAUACGUUUGAUCAUCCUACUCUAAUAGAAAAUGAAAGUAUAUGUGAUGAGUUUGCGCCAAAUCUUAAAGGCAGACCGCGCAAAAAGAAGCCUUGCCCACAGAGAAGAGAUUCAUUAAAUGGCAUUAAGGAUUCCAACAAUAAUUCUGAAAGCAAAGCUGUUGCCAAGGUAAAAUGUGAGGCUAAGUCAGCUUUGCCCAAACCCAAGAGUAACAACAGCAACUGUAAAAAAGGCUCAAGUGAGGAUAAAUCAAAGAUUGCC